AAAAGGGGGCGUUUUAAACCUUACACAUGUUGCGAAUACAGUGUUUCUAUUAGGAUAUAUUCUGCAAAUAUACAAUUAAUUUGUUGAGAAUCUAUACAUGGCUUCUUCAACAAUUAUCAAAACUUCAGCAAAUAUCAUUCAAGAAUCUGUAAAUCGUCUUCCACCUUUACCAAGCAUCAAAGAACUUAUGCACAUGUAUAAGUUAAAAGCAAGACGUCAUUUAUCUCAGAAUUUUUUACUGGAUUAUAAGCUUACAAAUAAAAUUGUAAAAUCUGCUGGUAGAGUCAAGGAUUGUUAUGUUUGUGAAGUUGGUCCUGGACCAGGAAAUAUUACUCGUUCAAUUUUGAUGAAAGGAGCCAAACAUGUUGUUGUGAUUGAGAAAGAUGAUAGAUUUUUACCUAGUCUGGAGCUUUUAUCAAAUGCAGCACCAGGAAGAAUGAAAAUAAUACUUGGAGAUGUUUUGGAUUAUAAUAUGGAAACUAUUUUUCCUGAGGAAAUGUCUAGGGAUUGGCAUGAUAUUUGUCCACCUUUUUUUAUAAUUGGAAAUCUUCCUUUCAAUAUUGCAACUCCUUUAAUUAUUAAAUGGUUGCGCCAGAUGUCAGAAAGAAGAGGGCCAUUUCGAUAUGGUAGAACUCGUUUAACUUUGACAUUUCAGAGGGAAGUGGCAGAACGUUUAAUUGCUUGUCCCUGUUCACCCCAGCGAUGUAGGUUAUCUGUAAUGUGUCAACAUUUAUGUAUGCCUGACUAUAAAUUUACAAUUUCAGGAUCAGCAUUUUUACCAGCACCUGAAGUUGAUGUUGGUGUAGUAACUUUCACACCUUUGAAAGAGCCUUUGAUUAAAUGUCCUUUUCCAUUAGUAGAAAAAGUUAAUCGGACUCUGUUUCACACGAGACAGAAAAUGUGUAAACACACUGUGAAAUUGUUAUUUCCAAAAAACAGACAGCAGUUGUUGAAUGAAGUUUUUCGUCAGACAGGAAUUGAUCCAGAAACGCCUCCAUUUAAAUUAACUAAUGAAGAAAUUGGUCAAAUCUGUAUGUUAUAUGAGCAGUUUUGUAAUGAAUAUUCAGAUAUUAGAGAUUAUAAUUUUAGAUGAAAUUAUUUAAUAUAUAAGAAUCAUUUUGUAUAAAUUGUUAUAUAUUGUAUAAUAAACUACAAUAAUUU